AUGAUGAUUGAUAAUGAAGAAAUAAUUGCAUUCGUAGGGCAGUGGGGGCUUUUUGAUAGGCUCAUUUACAUACUACUGAGUCUCAGUGCUGUCCCUUGUGGGUUUAUACGAUUAUCCAUGGUUUUCCUGGCAGAUAUUCCUCCUCACCACUGCAGGUUACCAUCCCUGAACAGCAGCAGCUAUGGAGGACUGGGCUACAAUUUGUCCAUCCCAACCGAAGAGGUGAAAGGAGAAGUCAUUCUGAGUCAAUGCAGACGCUACACUACACAUGAGGGAUUGGAUGCAGAGUCUAAUCAAAGCACAGAGCGCUGUCUGGAUGGCUGGGUGUUUAGUAAGGAGAGAUAUGUGUCUACUAUUGUAACUGAGUGGAAUCUGGUGUGUGAUGAUGCCUGGAGAGCUCCAUUCACGCUCACCAUGAUAUUUUUUGUGGGAUUUCUGGUUGGAUCAUUCUCUUCAGGCAUCAUAUCAGACAGAGUUUGUGAAGAAGGUGGUUUAACCUUACUUCUGUAUGUCUCCAACAGCUGGGAAAUGUUCUGUGUUCUUUACUUUGUUGUGGGAAUGAUGGACAUUUCCAGUUACUGUACUGCCUUUAUUCUUGGCACAGAGCUCCUCAGUAAGUCAGCCCGCAUGAGCUUUGGGAUUCUGGGAGUCUGUUCAUGUUAUGCCGCUGGCUAUGCCAUUCUGCCAGUCUUCGCUUACUUCAUCCGGAGCUGGAGAAUACUACAGUUAGUACUGUCUAUGGUGGGAUUUCUUUACAUUCCGCUCUGGUGGUUUAUACCUGAGUCUCCUCGCUGGCUGAUCUCUCAGGGUCGGUUUCAAGAGGCUGAGGCCAUCAUUCGAGCUGCUGCCAAGAAGAACGGCAUCACUUCUCCUGCGGACAUCUUUCAGCUAGAGCACUGCGCUGAUGAAAAGAAUAAGUACAGCUGGCUGGAUCUCCUGAAAACUAAAAAUAUAAGGAACAUCACAGUUCUGAACAUCUUUAUUUGUCAAAGUCAAAUGCUGCUGCUCAUCAAGUUUGUUCCUGAAGAUCUCAAUGUCUUGACGGUCACCCUAGAGAUGAUCGGGAAGCUUUGUGUGACUGGGGCUUUCACCUUUGUUUAUUUCUAUUCCACGGAGCUCUUCCCCACUGUUGUGCGUAAUAUGGGAUUGGGCGUCAGCUCCAUGGCCUCCAGAAUGGGCAGUUCAUAG